GGGCGGCGGGUGAUGGCAGCCGCUCUGCCUGUCUCCCAACAGCAGCUGGAGUUCAUCACCCCCUUCCAGCUCUACUUCAACCCCGACCUCAUCUUCAGGAAGUUCCAGAUAUGGAGGCUGAUCACCAACUUCCUCUUUUUUGGGCCUCUGGGAUUCAGUUUCUUUUUCAACAUGAUAUUUCUGUACAGGUACUGCCGCAUGCUAGAAGAAGGCUCCUUCCGUGGAAGGACGGCUGACUUUGUCUUCAUGUUCCUCUUUGGAGGGUUUCUCAUGACACUGUUUGGACUCUUUGCCAGCCUGUUUUUCCUGGGCCAGGCUUUCACCAUCAUGCUGGUGUAUGUAUGGAGUCGCAGGAACCCUUACAUCCGCAUGAACUUUUUUGGGCUUCUUAACUUCCAAGCCCCCUUCCUGCCCUGGGUCCUGAUGGGAUUCUCUCUGCUCCUGGGCAACUCCAUCAUCAUCGAUUUGCUGGGGAUUGCAGUGGGUCAUAUCUAUUAUUUCCUGGAAGAUGUUUUCCCCAAUCAGCCUGGAGGAAAGAAGUUGCUGUUAACCCCUAGCUUUCUGAAGAUGGUUUUUGACACACCUGAAGAGGAUCCCAAUUACAACCCUCUCCCUGAGGAUCGUCCAGAACACCAGCCUAGAGACCACGACCAGAAUGAGCAGCAGCACCCACAGUAACAUGGGGGACUUCUUCACGUGGCCAGAUUCCUCUCUUCUGGCUGGACUUUUGCUGUGGCCCAGAGAUCCUACUGGAAUAACACCAGUUGCCAUUCCGAUGUGUAGUGUGUCGCUGUUUGUGUGGGUAACCCAUCUUCCCCUUGUACAAAGUGGAUCCACGGAGCUUUGCACAUGAGAACCGAAUGCUUACAGAGGUGUUCUAGGGACAGGGGCUGAAGCUGUGACGGCUCCUCAGUUACCUGGUGUGGAAUAAGUAUCAAAUGGGGUGUGAAACCAGUUCCUCCUUCUCCUCCUGUGUGCCAGGUCACUCUUGCCCUCUGUACAAAGACUAAUGCACCUGGCCCUCACUGUUGUGAGACCUCUUUGUGGGCUUUCAAUGAAGUAGUUCUGUACCAUGGUAGAAUGCAGCUCAGCCUCUUUCUUUCCUUUAUGUCCCCCACUCCUUUUCUGGUGGUUGUUUCCAAAGAGUCUUUACAUUAAAGUCUUUAUUUUUCA